AGAUUGCUACUAUAGCAGGCUUAGAUUAAAUAUGGCGUACCUAAAUGUUGUAAGAAAUCCAAGACUACAGGCUCGAAUAUUUCUUCCGGAGUGGUUUAUAAAAUGCGUCCGACCUACGAAAAACAUUCCAAAUAAUUCAGCUGUCUUCCAUGUACCAAUGGAGAUGUCACGAUUAGAUGUGAAGAAUUAUCUACAAAGUAUUUAUAAAGUGAAUGUGUCAAAAGUUAACAUAAGAAUACAAGCAGGGAAAACUGAACGUGUGCUGAUGAAAGAUGGGGAUGUUAAACUUAAACGAUAUCCAGAUAUUAAGCUGGCUUAUGUGACUAUGAUUAAUACAGAGUUUGAGUUCCCAGAACUGUUUGUCAAAGCAGAGAAAAAAUCUUCCAUAAAAGAUUUACCAGCUGAUGUAAAACCAGAAGAAUUUCGUUGGAUCUAGACUUCAGUUACACUUGCAUGAACACUGAUGCUAGUUUUGAACAGCAGUGGCAUAGCCAGCUCAAUAAUUGAGAGGGGGGGGGGAAUACUCAUAUAUCAUGUUCUGCCAUAUUCUUCUCAAAAUGAUUGUUUUCUGCAGAUUAUAACAUGCAUUUGCAUCAGUAUUGCCCCCUCUAAUUAUGACUGUUUACUAUGGGAAUGGUGAACAGCAUUUACCAUAACUUUAUUAUAAUGUUGUAAUAUUACUGUUUUUAAUCAGCAAGGGGAGCAGAAGAUUGAUAAUUAGGGGACUCUUGCAUCAUUCAUUGUUGAUAUGAAAGUAAUAUAUUAUUUUCAGCCAUUAAAAAUUUGUACCUUCUCAA